AAAUUUUCAAAUCUUCGUUUCUGGCGCCGACAUCGAAAUCAACGAGAGAUUCCGUCAGAUCGGUUUAGCUUAAACGCUGAUUGUUGUUCUUCCUCACUUGCCUUCUCUCGAAAAUCGCAGGUGCCUAGCAGCUUGAGAUUCUUGUCUUUGAGGUUGAAAUGAGGUGCAACGCCUGUUGGAGGGAACUGGAAGGCCGAGCCAUUUCCACCACAUGUGGCCACUUAUUAUGUACUGAAGAUGCUAGCAAGAUUCUCAGUAAUGAUGGGGCGUGUCCCGUUUGUGAUCAAGUACUCUCCAAGAGUCUGAUGAAGCCUGUGGAUACCAAUCCAAAUGAAGAAUGGGUCAAUAUGGCGAUGGCUGGGAUUUCUCCACAAAUACUGAUGAAGAGUGCAUACCGAAGUAUUAUGUUUUACGUUUCCCAAAGGGACUUAGAGAUGCAGUGCAAGAUGAAUAGAGUUGUUGCGCAGUGUCGUCAGAAAUGUGAGGGUGUGCAAGCAAUGUUAAGCGAGAAAAUGGAGAAGGCGCAUGCAGCAUACCAGAAGAUGAGCAAGAGGUGUCAGAUGAUGGAGCAAGAGGUAGAAAACCUGACCAAGGAUAAACAAGAGCUUCAAGAGAAGUUCUCCGAGAAAUCAAGACAGAAGAGGAAGCUUGAUGAGAUGUAUGACCAGCUACGAAGUGAGUAUGAGUCAGUCAAACGCACAGCCAUUCAACCAGCAAAUAACUUCUAUCCACGACACCAGGAACCUGACUUUUUCUCAAACGCACCAGUCAAUAUGAUGGAGAACAGAGAGCCCACUCGCAGAGACCGGUCGUUUUUCUCUCCUGCAACACCAGGACCUAGAGAUGAGAUAUGGCCAGCAAGACAUAACAGUGCAAACUCGGGUCCAUUCGACAUCUCCAACGACUCACCCGCAAUUCCAUCUGAUCUUGGAAACAGAAGAGCAGGAGGAGGACAUCCUGUAUUUGGUGGUGGUUCAGGAGGAGGAAAUGCUGUAUUUGGUGGUGGUGGCAAUGCUAAUCCGCAGUCGACUCUACGAAACCUUAUCCUCUCCCCUAUUAAACGCUCUCAGCUCUCUCGUUCCCGCCCGCAACUGUUCACGCUAUAGCUUAAGGAUCAAGUUCAAGUGUUUGAACCUGCCUUGGUGGAAGUGGAAACCAUAAUGGUCACACCCAGUAAGUGACUCUUCGUU